GGCGCCUCGACGACUGAGCGCCAAAGGAGGAGCAAGCUUUACUUCCGUGUUCCGGCUCCUCCCAUCCAAGCACCAAGAUGGCAGCCACGGGGAAGAGAUGAGCAACUACACGAAUUUGCGGGUUCUGUCAUGACACCACAUACGGCUUCAUUAUGGCCAUCACUCAGUUUCGUCUCUUCAAGAUCUGCACUUGUUUGGCCAGCCUUCUGACCUUUGUUAAAAGGUUAAUAUGCAGGAGUGGAAGGGGCCGCAAACUCAGCGGUGAUCAAAUAACUCUACCAACAACAGUGGAUUUUUCAUCAUCGGUACCAAAGCAGCCAGAGAUUGAAGAAUGGAGUUCCUGGGACGAAGAUGCUCCUACAAGUAUUAAGAUUGAAGGUGGCAACGGGAAUGUUUCAGCUUCACCCAAUGAUGAAAAUGAAGAGCCUGACUACUUCAAGGACAUGGCUCCUACUAUCAGGAAAACACAAAAGAUAGUGCUGAAAAAGAGAGAGCCUCUAAACUACCUGGUGCCUGAUGGCUCAGCAGGAUUCUCCAGCAGACUGGCAGCCUCUCAGGAUAUGAUGACAUUCAGUGCACCCUCACCGGAGCUUGGAGAAAUGGACAACUGGCAAGAGGAUACAAAUGCUUGGGAGGACGAGUCCAAUGCUGCCUGGGAAGCUGAGGAGGUGCUCAGAGAACAGAAGAUCGCAGAGAGAGAGAAGCGAUCCAUUGAGCAACAAAGGAAGAAGAUGGAGAAGGAAGCGCAGAGAAUGAUAAAGAAGGAGCAAAAGAUUGCUGUCAAGCUCUCUUAACAUUUAUUUAAAAAAAACAACUUUUGAGCUAAAGGGUGAAAAAGUGCAAAAGACUCUAAAUCAACCAUUAAAUUAUCUUUAAACUGUUCCAAACAGCUAAGCAGGAUUAUAUCCACUGUUCUCAUUAGUCUUCUCCUCCACCCAGGUCUCCACCAGCAGCCAUUUCAGUCUGAGGGUAUGAUGCAUUGUUCCUCAGUGGAAUAGUAAUUAUACAACCUAUUUCAUUAAAGCUUAAGGAUUAGAUGCAGCAUUAAAAUUUAAAGGGUCACAUAAAAGUUUUUCUUCAUUGAUUUGUUUCCCCCCAGGGGCAUUUGUACAUAAACUGGUACCUGUGUCUUUGUCUGAAUUUUAAUCCCUGAAAUGACAAAGAGUCUUGUUAAUUUUAAGCGUCACUGUACUUCAGUGAUCUCCCGGGGUUUGUUUGAUUCAUGUGUUUUUAUAUUUACGUCCAUCAAUGGUCAAACUGUCUUUUACUGCUCGACGUUUGCUCUGAUCUCUUCCUACUGUGCAGUCAGAUACACAUUGACAAUUUGCAUCUAACAUGAAGAAAAGGUACAAUUAUGCAGAGACAAAAUCCUUCCCAUAUGCUGUGGGUUCCUAUGGUAAUCUCAUGGCUACUGUUUUUUCUAUAGAUUAUCUUUUGACUGUUGGCUUUAAUAUGGAAACAUCUGCUGAUCACUGUGUUAAAAGGGAAAAUUUGCUCUGGCAUUCUGAAACAUUUUCUAGCGCAGUAACCUUGACCAGUAAAAACAUUUGUUUCUUUUUUCAAUUGAAAGUGUAAGACCAACAGUUGGUGCCCACUGGAGAAUUUGGCACCAUUGCUGAUUGAAAAGCUGUUGUCAUGGCAACAACAGCAACUGGAGGAAGGAUUGUAAAUUAUGUUUGUUCCAAGAUAGUGUAUCUGUGAUCAAUGACAGCAAGUGAGUGGAGUGGGAUACACCAUUGUGCUGAAUGUUUCAUUUAGAAAAUCUUAGCCAGCAAGAACAUUUCCUCAACUGAAAUAAUACUUAAAUCAGUCAGUUUAUUGAUCCAUUCUUUGGUGCCGAUUCUGAUUAUUACGAAGCCAUUAAAUGGAAUAUCAGGUUUAAAGGUUACUGUCAGUAGAUGUUUCUGACUUUGGACAGAUUCUUGUUAGCUUGUUUUUAAAAUUCUAAUUAAAGCUGCAUGUCAUUCUCUUGUCUUUCUGCACACCUAAUUAUUCCUAAAAUGAAGUCCUAAACCACAUCUUAUUGUUUUUCAUUGUAUGACUUUAUGUUGUGGAUGUGAUCAUGGCUGAACAUUUACAAUAAAACAAUUGUUGAGUCUACAGA